AUGUACCACAAAUUGAGCGGCAUGUUUGACCUGAAAUGGAAGCUGCGGGACCACAUCUCCGUGCUUGUCCUUGUCAUUGUGUUGCUCAUCCUUACGGGUGUGUACAUGAACUUGGCUCCCUUCGUCACCCGGCCCGACAUCAUGGGCAUCGUUUAUUCCAUCAAAUCCAUCAUCAUCAUCUUGUAUCAACUUCUCACCGAGCACACGAGACGAUUCGCCAGAUGGAAGAGCUUAAAGGCCAACUGCAUCCUCAAUUGCAUCGAGCCCGUCUUCUGGCUCACCCUCAUCAUCCUCAAGUUCAUGGGCAUCUCGAAAUUUUGCAGCGGUAGUAGCUGCGGCGUGGCCUGGGUCAGCGCCAUCGUGGUGAUCGUCAUCUUUCUCGUCUCUGUUCAUCUUUGCAUGCUGGCUUACAGGGAGUAUCGUGAGUUCCGGAAGUUUGGCACCACCGCCGGGCCUGGCAAUCUUAUACAUGCUGCUCCUGCGACUUGCCCGACAGAUGGGCCACAGGACAACAGGGACAGUAGCCGACGUGUUCGACCCAACGCGGUCACGGUGCAUCGCCGUUCUCACGCGAAAUCGCGGACGGGAUGCCGGACUUGCAAGCGUCGUAGGAUCAAGUCACCCCGGGAAUCGUCGACACCGUCUCAACCUCAGGGGUCAGUGCCGUCGACAUGCGAUCUCAACUUGAUCGAUCUCGAGCUCAUGCACAACUUCACCACGUAUACCUGCACAACCAUCGCGAGUGAUCCGGCAGUGCGGCAGAUGUUGCGGACUACGGCGGUCCAUAUGGCCGUCGAAUGUGAAUAUCUGAUGCGGGCGAUCCUAGCCGUGUCGGCUCUUCAUCUGUCUCGGUAUCGCCCGCAGAAGAAGACUCUUUACCUCGAGCGGGCCAUGCACCACCAUCAGGCCGCCAGCUCCGUCGCCAUCGAGCUGAUGACCGACUUGAGGGUUGAGGAGUGCGAAAGAUUCCACCUGUUUUCGAUGCUGACCGUUUACUAUGCAUUGGGAUGUCCCAUCAACGAGGCUGAUCUCGGACCCGGGAGCCCCUUGAUCCCCCACUGGUUGCGUCUGCUUCAUGGAAUGGAACCAAUCCUGCACAUGCUGAAUCCCAAGGAGUACCGCGGUACGCUGACUCCCCUAUUCGACUAUGGCAAGAGCCGCAUGCGACCGUUCCUUACGGCCACACCGCCCCGGGACCCGACCUUGCUGGCCGACCUCCAAUCCUCAAUCCACCGCACCUGCACCAACCCUGACCUCAUCCCGACCUACGACAACAUGAUUCAGCAGCUUCGCCGCAUGCUUGGCCUGAUUCUGACGCCGUCUGACGGUGCCUUAAGCUUGACAAAUGGAACACCGGCAUCACCAGCAUCAGCGUUGGCAGCGGCGGCAGGGGGUUCGGCCUGGACCAAAAUCGAAGCCUAUGACAUUCUUAUCUGGCAAUGGACGCAGGGAAGGAACUUCCUCCCGUUGCUCGAGGCCGCCUCACCGCCGCAGGAAGCCGUCGUCAUAUUUGCGCAUUGUCUGCUCGUGCUGAGGAAACUCGAGAACCAGUGGUGGGCGGAGGGUUGGGCGGACCACUUGAUGAACAAGACAUGGGCCAUGCUGGACGAGGAGCAUCGCCAUUGGGUGGGCUGGGUGACCGAAGAGAUGGGUUGGAUUCCGCCAAGAUAG